GCGAGCUCCCGCGAGCCCAAAACCAAGAACAACGAUCUAAAGAGUAUAACACAAGAAAUACCACCUUAUUCAAGCAAAAUGUCAGAAUCAUUCUAAUUUACCCAAAUUCACAGACAUCGUAUCUCAUGCUGCAAUCACUGCCUAUCCGUCGGCGAAUCUGUGCAUUGCCAGCCAUGAGCAUACCUCAUGUCGUCUCAAUUCAACCUAAAUCAGAAUCUCAAAAUCCAUUUGGUUCGAAAUUAGUAAGGCCACAUGUUGAGAGAGGGACAAGAUCUGCAAGCGUCAUGUCAAUCGUGGUUGCUA